GGAGCCAAAACAACGUUAAUGUUUAAUUACUUCUCACAGUAAGUACCAACUGUUACUGAAGUAGUACUAGCGGUGUUACUCCGCCCCUCCCCGCUCACUGGACGUGAUGACGCAGCGACACGUCACAGGGAGACGUCACACGUAAAGCUGCCGAGGCGCCGUGAGUCCGGACCAGUUGCACAGAGACCAGCUGCAGAACGAGGAUGCUCUUAGUGCUGCUGCUCUCCCUGGCUGUCGAUGGCCAGAUGUUUGGCACCCUGAAGUCUCCAGACUUCCCUGAUCCUUAUCCCAGAGACACGGUUCUCCGCUGGAACCUCAGCGUUCCCGAUGGCUUCCGCAUCAAACUCUACUUCAGCCACUUCCACCUGGAGCCGUCCUACUUGUGUGAAUACGACUACGUCAAGGUGGAGGCCGAAGAGGAGGUGCUGGCUUUGUUUUGUGGGGGGGAGGAGACAGACACAGAGGCAGUACCGGAUCAGAAGAUCAUCACCUCCUCCAGAAAUUCCAUGAGCCUCCUCUUCUCCUCUGACUUCUCCAACGAGGAGCGCUACUCUGGCUUCAUGGCUCACUACAGCGCUGUGGACGUGGACGAGUGCAGUGAGCGGACUGACGAAGACCUCCUGUGUGACCACCUCUGUCACAACUACAUCGGGGGGUACUACUGCUCCUGUCGCCAUGGUUACCUGCUGCACUUUGACAACCACACCUGUCGAGUGGAGUGCAGUGACGGUGUGUUCAGGGAACGCUCCGGAGAAUUCAGCAGUGUAGAUUUCCCGUCUCCGUACCCGAAAAGUUCAGCGUGUUCGUACCGGAUCGAGGUGGACCCGGGCUUCAAGCUCCUCCUCCAGUUCGACCCUCGCUUCGAAGUGGAGGACCACCCUGACAUCAGCUGCCCCUACGACCACCUGAAGAUCACAACAGGAAGCAAGGAGUUUGGUCCAUUCUGUGGUAAUCAACCUCCAGCAGAGAUUCAGACGGACAGCAACGUUGCCACCGUCUUCUUCCACAGUGACAACUCAGGAGAGAACCUGGGCUGGAGGAUCACAUACACAUCUACAGGAAGUAAGUGUCGGGCCCCUGAAGCCCCGCCCAAUGCCCUGCUGACUCCCGUCCAAUCCGAGUACUCCUUUAAGGACCACAUCGUGGUCACCUGUUCACCUGGAUUCACACUAAUGAAGGACGGAGAGAAUCUGGAUUAUUAUCAAUUAGAGUGUCAGUCUGAAGGAUCAUGGAGCAGCAGUCCUCCUCAAUGUCAGAUGGUGGAUUGUGGGAGUCCGAAGGUGGUCUCCAUGGCCCACUUGGUGUUUGGGAGCGAUGACAACAGCACAAAGUUUGGAUCAAGUGUUGAGUAUGUUUGCAGAGAGGACUUCUUCCAGCUCAACAGCAGCAGCAGUCUCUACAGCUGUGGUUCUACUGGAGAAUGGCAGAACUCACAAUCAGGGUCUCGUCCACCUACCUGUGUACCAGUCCCUCCAGCAUGUGGCCGGCCCUCCCGCCUCCCCCCCCCUCAGGUGAAGCGGAUUGUGGGGGGUCGGCGGUCCGAGCCCGGCCUUUUCCCUUGGCAAGUCUUGCUCAGCGUGGAGGACCUGUCCCGGGUUCCUGAGGACCGCUGGUUCGGAUCCGGGGCCCUGCUGUCCUCAUCCUGGGUGCUCACAGCGGCCCACGUCCUGAGGUCCCAGAGGAGGGAUGCCAGCGUGGUCCCUGUAGCCCCUGAGCAUGUCCAGGUAUAUCUGGGUCUCCAUGACAACACAGACAAACGUCUGGCCACCAAUCGUACGGUGGAAAAAAUAUUCCUCCACCCAAACUUCCAACCGGACAACUACAAUAACGACAUCGCUCUGCUGAGGCUGGAGGAGCAGGUGGGGUUUACUGAGUUCAUCCGACCUGUGUGUCUGCCUCCACCCAAAAGACAGGGUGACCCCCCUUCACCUCUCCCUAACUCAAUGGGUGUGGUUGCUGGAUGGGGAAUCUCCAACCUCAACACCACCUCCUCCUCUGGUGACCCCAUCAAGCUGACCGCCAAACCCGGGAUGACCUCUGACCUUUUGCAGUACGUCAAGCUACCAGUGGUUUCUCAAGACGAGUGCGAGGGGAGCUACGCCUCACGCUCUGUUAGCUACAACAUCACAGACAACAUGUUCUGUGCCGGUUUCCUGGAGGGGGGGAGGGACACCUGCCUGGGGGACAGCGGGGGGGCAUUUGUGAUGGAGGACAUGGUGAGCAGGAGGUGGGUGGUGUUUGGAUUAGUGUCAUGGGGGGGGCCGGAGGACUGCGGAAGUCAGAGGGUCUACGGAGUCUACACACGAGUGGCUAACUAUGUGGAGUGGAUACAGAAGCAGCUUAAGACCGCCCCCUGGUGGUGAGACAAGUGGAGGGAUGGGUGGAGAGACAAGCAGAGAUGGGUGAAGAAAUGGGGGGAGAGACAGGAAGAGGGAAUUGCGGAGAGACAGGUGAAGACACAAACAGAAUAGCAACAAGAAAGUUUGCUCCUUGGUGUAACCCUCAAACCUGCAACCUAAAGCAAACUGUGCGGAAACUUGAACAGUUAUGGCGUUUCACCAAAUCAGAAGGAUCUAGGCUAGUACCUUCUGAUUUGGCAGACAGCCUUAAAACAUAUAAGAAGGCUCUCCGUAACACCGUGGAUUUCUUUGGACCUCGUAGAACUUCUUUAAUGAUAGGAUUCUGACUUUAAGAGAGAACAUGUAUGGUCUCCUGCCUUCAACCAGUGCCGACCCGUCCUCGGAUGUAAGAACCUUGGAUUCAGCAGUGGCCCCUGACAGCUACUUGGAUGGCUUCUCUUCCAUCAGCCUUGGUCAACUGACUUCUACAAUUAAAAUUGUAAAUCUUCUACUUGUCUCUUGGAUCCAAUUCAGACAAGGCUGCUUUUCCUUUAGUUAGCAUGUCUUUACUGUAUAUUAUGAAUCUGUUGACAGGACAUGUACCACAGUCCUUCAAAGAAGCUGUAAUUAAACCACUUGUUAAUAAACUUACUCUUGCUCCAGA